AUGGGUUUUCGCCCGGUGCUUUUCUUUUGCUUGUUCUUAUUGAUAACUAUAGCUGCGUUUCCCUCUGAAGCGGACAGGUCAAAGCGCGACGUAGCCGAGGACGUGAAAAACGCAUCGAACGACAUGGGGAAGACAAUUGGCAACCUAAAAGAUUCCGUUAUCCACGUUUUUGAACCCACGGAGAAGAGUCCCAUAGACAAAAUGGAAGACAGCCUGAAGAGUAUUGGGAAA